GAAACGGAAGCCGAGCAGGAACCUCUGGUAGCGAACUCCACAGACAGGCACCCAUAGAAAUCAUUGACACCGAGCUGUUCACUCACUACACGUGUGCUCAUUCAGUUUGGGUCACGUAUUCACUGAUGUUUGCUGCAUGUGGAAGACAGACUUUUAUUUCAUUGACCCGUGCAGAUCAUCGCCUCAGGAAUUACCAAACAUCAUUUCGUUCUACCGUUUCAUUCGACCCUUUUACAACUCCUCUCUUCACAAAAGUUAAAAAAACACCUUCUUUGCCCUGUCCACGUGCAGUAAUUCCACUGUGCCAUAGUUCUCAGUUUUCUAAUUGCAAUAAUAGGAUGGAAUUGAAGGAGGUUGUGCAGAUAUUGGAGCAACUUGCCCCUUUGUCUUUGGCCGAGUCAUGGGAUAAUGUUGGCCUGUUGGUUGAACCGAGCAUGCCACGGCCCAUUAAAAGCAUUCUACUUACAAAUGACCUUACUGAUGCUGUAAUGGGAGAAGCGGAAACCCUCAGCUGUGACCUCAUUAUCUCAUAUCACCCACCUUUAUUUCGACCAAUCAAGCGCCUAGUUCAGAGCGACUGGAAGCAGCGAUUGGCCAUCCGAGCUGUGGAGGCAAGAAUGUCCAUUUUCUCCCCACACACUUCAUGGGACAUUGUCAGAGGAGGCGUGAAUGAUUGGCUUAUAGGAGGUCUUGGUAGUGGUCAUGUGACUGUUCUCAGCCAGGCACUCUGUAGCGGCCUCCCAACUCACAGACUGGAGUUUACUGUGAAGAGCGAAGAGGAGCUAAAUGCUGUUAUGGAAGAACUCAAAACCUGUGAUAGUUCAGCAACUUUCCAGCAUUCAAGCAACAGGUCAGAGAACAGUGGAAUCCAUGUCAGCUUUAUGUGCAUUGAUCCGGCUCUGCCCCACUUUGUCCAGAUUCUGUUAGGACACACAAUUCUCAGCCAGUCACUCACCAUCACAAAGUUAGAAAAGCACCCCCUCCCCGGGCACGGCCAAGGACGGAUGAGCGUUUUGGACCGGCCUAUAACCAUAGCAACAGCUGUGGAGAAAAUGAAAACACAUUUGAGUUUGAGUCAUCUUCGUUUAGCUCUUGGAGUGGGAAGGACACUUGACUCUUUGGUGCACACUGUGGCUGUGUGUGCAGGAUCUGGAGCUUCAGUCCUAAAUGGCGUGACAGCUGAUCUCUAUGUGACAGGUGAAAUGUCCCAUCAUGAAGUCCUGGAUGCUGUGGCCAAAGGAACCAGUGUCAUUCUGAGUGACCAUAGCAACAGUGAGCGCGGGUUUCUGUCUGUCUUCAGGGAGCGCCUGGCUCUUCGUCUCCCUGAAGCAGUGUCUGUGCUGGUGUCCCAGGCAGACAAAGACCCCCUGCAGGUGGUCUGAAAUGUCUGAUAAUGACUGAAUAAAACUUCAUCUUGCUAAUACAUAGAAUAAGUGAACUAUAUACCUAAUUGUGCAUUGGACAUGUUUACACAAAAACACAGAUUAUUUUUUAUAAAUCUAAAGAAUCCAAAGCACCUUGAGUGGCAUAAAGGCAUUGACACAGUGUGGCACCUCUAGAAUUAAUCCAGGUAUAUAAAAAUAGUUCAAGGUAAUGGAUAGAACAAAUACUUAUAUAUAAAAUACAGAUCCUGUCCUACAUCAUUAAAAUAAUAAUAGAAACUUGGAGGUUGAUUUGAAAUUAUGCAUUAUAACUCAUUAGUAUUAAAGCAAAGGUUACUCUGUAUGUAUGCAUCAGUAAUUAAACUAAAUACAUCCUCACACAA